UGUAUUUUGAAAACACAUGUUAUUUUAGUGACGAUAGAACAGAAAAACCGGGUUAGGUAGAGGGAAAAGAAUUUAGGUUAGGUAAGAACAUUUUAGUUUUCAGUGGUUGCAAAGCUUCCAGCAAUGGUGAACGAUCAGAUCAAAAACGGUAACUAUCGGAUGUAUUACGAAUUCCGUCCGCAAGACAGUAGACCGCAACAGUUGGAGAAGUGCGUCAUACCAUGGUUUGCAGAACGACUCACCGGACACACUACGGUACGGAUGCUUGAUAUUGGCUGCAAUAGUGGCAAACUGACCAACGCGGUGUUAACGAUUGUGCGUAAAGCACUGCCGGGGAAAUGUUGCACGAUGCUCGGGGUGGACAUCGACGAACAGCUAAUCACGGUGGCUAGAGAGCAGCAUCAGUCUGUGGGAUUGCAUUUUGAAUCGACAGAUAUAUACGAAGCUGCUAAUGGAACACGGCAGUUGGAUCCAAUCGGUGCUGCUCUCGAACAGGCUGGCAGUCAGCGAUUUGAGGUGAUUUUUUGUUUCUCGAUUUUGAUGUAUGUACAUCUGAAUCAUGGUGACGACGGACUAAGAAGUGUGCUGAAUUACCUCUGCGGAAGAGCAGAAUUCCUAGUCCUGGAGCUACAAAGUUGGAAGAAGUACAGAGACCAUGUCAGAAGGAUGCAUCGGGAAGGUGGUGGUGAUUACCCUUCGUACGGUGAACUCACAUGGAAAGGGAACGAUGGCCAGCUGGAGAAAUUUAUCAGCGAUUAUGUGACGCAACAAGGUUUCAGCAUUGUGGAUAGUAGUGCAGAAAAAAAUGAGUUUAAUAGGAAUAUAAUUUGUUUUGUUAGGAAUAGCUGAAGUUUGAUCAUUCCAUUAGAGUUAUUUAGCAUAAAUAAGUAAAGAAAUAAUAGGUGGAGUCUAUGUGCUACAUUCGCUGCCAGCUGUUAGAGUGCAGGGCAAUUAGGGGCGUUGUGCUAUGAUACUAUUGACUAACAGCAUCUCCCAGUCGAGAAUCGAUAACUGGCUUGUUAGAGCAGUGUCAUACAGUGAGACCAACCGAGAGGCUUAGAACUGUACACUAAAAAGAACAAAUUUUCUUUUAUUUUAUGUUUCAUAUUGAACUAGAAGUCUGUGUUAGAAAUAUGCAACACAAUCCUUGUCGGUCAGUAUAUUAAAAUUAAAUACAGGUUUAUGCAUAUACAACAUCAAUCAUAGUU